CAACCAAAUUGAUGUCUAUAGACACAGAAAAUCCUGCUGUCUCUUUGGGCAGGUUUAUGGGAAAUAUUCUGGGUCAUAUACAAGUAAAAAUUGGAGAUGCUUUAAGAUGUGGAGAAUCGGAUGAGAGUGGUAGAUGCCAGAAAGCGACAGGCUUUCAAAAGUUGUUUGAAGCCGAGUGGAACUACAGAGUGAACUCAGUCUGUGUAAAACGAAAAAACGCAUUACACAGACAAAAGGUACAGACCAUUCCUUUGACAGAAGAUCUGAAAACGCUCACAGAAUUCAUUAUGUGCAACAUAAGAGAAACAUCCACAGCACUGCAGAAAUGCCCGACACCUUGUGAUUGGACAAAACUUGCCAAAUUUACCAUGUGCAGGUUGAUCCUGUUUAACAAGCGAAGGCGGGCUGAAGUCAAAGACUUGAAAGUUCAGGACUACGAGAAGAGGCCCAACUGGCAUGAGGAUCAGCGUGGUGAAUUUGACCUGGCAUUAUCACAUGCGGACAAAGUAUUAGCCAGCAGAAUGGACAUGGUCAUUUCAGCAGGGAAGUCACGGAAAAAUGUGGACGCAUAUGUCCUGCUGCCACCAGACAGCAAGGAUGCCAUUGACCUCCUUAACAGCCUGAGAGAUAAAGUCGGGAUCAGAUCCACCAACGAAUACAUAUUCGCUAGGGUUUGCUCAGAGACUCCGCUGACGGGCAACACCGAGCUCAGAGAAAUUGUUGACAGUUGCCCCAACCUUCAACAUCCUGAUAGAAUCAGCUCAACAUCACUUAGAAAAUAUAUAGCCACAGUCUCUCAGAUCCUGGAUAUGACUGAUCCAGAGCUAGAAAUGCUUGCAACGCAUCUAGGGCAUGAUGUCAAAACCCACAAAGAAAACUACAGACUGUCACAUUCAACCCGUGAAUUGACAAAGACUCAAUUGUGCUCUUUCACUAUUUCAGAAUUGCCCACAGUCGAGGAUAUUCUUCAUGGAGAAGAUGGGGUUGAUGAAGAAGGUACCCUGUCCAAUAGACGACAGGAAUCUGAUGAAGAAGGUACCCUGUCCUAUAGACGACAGGAAUCUGAUGAAGAAGGUUUGGAUGGAUCUUCAAGCAUUGUGCAGAGUGAACCGCAUAAAAGAAGUACAGGAGAAAACAACAAACAUGCCAAGAAAAGAGCCUGGACACAGGAAGAAAAUGACUGCCUGAAGAAAAAGUUUAAAUUUUAUUUUGCUGGUGUCAAAAGCGUCCACAAUGCGGACAUGGUGGAUGCUCAAAAACUGUGUCCAUCUCUUUGCCUUCGGACGAAGGCCCAAAUAAGGGCAAAACUGAAUAACAUGAAACUGGGGAAAUCGACUUAGGAGAUCAGAAAAAGUUCAAAUUUUAUUAAUGGUUUGUUAUAUCAUCAAAUUGCCUGUUGUCCGUGGUUCUCCAACCAUCCAUAAACAAUUCUUCUUACCACUAUUUCUCAGAAAGUACUGCAGGAAUCUUUCUCAAAUUUCAUUUGUAGAUUUCCCUUGGUCCCUAGUUAUGCAUAUUGUAUUUUGAGACUGAUUUAAAAAAAGAACUUGGCUACCAGACGGCCAUCUUGGGUUAUGAGAGCUGAAGUUUGUUAUCGCCAUUUCUCAGGAAAGUACUGGAGGGAUCUCCCUUGGUCUCUAGUUAUGCAUAUUAAAUUCUGAGACUGGUCAGAAAAACAUCAUAGCUGCCAGAGGACCAUUUUGGAUUUUGAGAGUUGAAGUUUGUUAUCGCUUUCUCUGAAUGUGCUGGAGGUAUCUUUCUCAGAUUUGAUAUGUUGGGUUCUCUAGGUCCCUGGUUGUGCAUGUUACAUUUUGAGACUGAUCUUAAAAAGAAUAUGGCCGCCAGACAAUCAUCUUGGAUCGCUAUUUCUCAGAAAGUACUCUAGGGAUCUUUCUCAAAUUUCUUUGAGGGGACAAUGUCAAACAUAGUAGUGUGAAGUUUUGAUUAAAGCAACAAAAUUAUGUUUUCACUGUUGAUGUGACAUGAACAGAUGGAAAAGAAUGGAAAAUAUCAAUAGAACUAAUGUAUAUCUUACAACGGUGGGCGCCAAGAUCCUUCUGAGUUCUCUUAGUUUCGCUUGUGUAAAGAAAAGCAUUCACAAUGUGGACAUGGUGGAUGCUCAAAUAUUAUGCCCAUCUCUUUGACUAAAUCUGGUUGAAACUGAAUAACAUGAAACCAAGGAAAUACAAGUAGGCUGAUGUGUAUUUCAGUAUUAAAUUUAAAUUUACAAUGGUAACUUUAGUUCAAAUCCAUUGUGGUUCAGUUAUUAGCUCACCUGUCUUUACUAGUCAUAAAGUACUGAAUGUUUUUUAACGUGGUCAGAAGCAUCUUUUAGGAAUUUCAUUGGAUUUCAAUUUAAGGGUCUGAUAAAAUUUUCUCAAACAUUCACUGUAAAUAAUGUCAGCAUUUUGUUUGGAUUACCACUUUUGUUUUGGUGACAUGCUGUUUAUGUGGGCAUAAAUUGUGUGUUGAAAAUUAUUGUCAGUUUUUUAUGUUAAUGAUAUUGUUGUAGAUUCAUAAUUUUAUGAUGGAAUGUGAGCAUAUUUUUGUAAAUCUAUCUUUAAAAGGUAAAACCCAUACAUUACAUUUGCUCUUAUGAUUGGCUAAUAUUUAUCACAGCAACAACACCGGAUGUUGUCCAUAUACAUUCAAAACUUCAAUAUGUCCAGCAUCCAGCAUGUUGUUUCUUUUUGAAUGAUUUGUUGAUACAUUGACAUCAUCAGUGAUAUGUCAUGAAUUUAUUGAAAUUUAGAAGAUAAUUCUAGUUAAUUCUUGUUACAAGUGAAAUUUGAGUAUUUUACUUUUGUUUUAAUCUACCAAGUAUCACUAGGCUCCUUAAUAAAUUCUGAAAAAUACCUUUCUUGUGUUCAUGUCAUAUUAUUUGGAUUUCUUGUACAUUCUCUUAACACUUGUAUAUUAGUGUGCUAUAUUUGAAGUGAUUGUUAUCAUUGGCUGUCAUUUACAUCUUUUCUUUAAGAAAGUGUGUUCUGAAAUUUUAAUUGGUACCAUGGAAAAUGAUUAUGUGUAUGUGGUAAAAAUUAUUUAGAUGAGAAAUAAUAGAUGACGUUGAUUAAGAUGGAAUUGAUUGUUUUGGGUUGCUUGUUAAAAAAAUUGUGCCAAAAUUUGUCAAAAUUAACCAAAUAUUCACAUCUGCAUAAUAUAUGCAAAGUAAAUAGUGCCAUUAGAGGUUACAUGGUAACUGUACAGUAGAUGAAAUGACAGAUGCAUUUUAUUUUAGUUGUAUCAGGGAUGUAUUCUUUGGAUUUGGGGGACCAAAGAAUUAAGGCCAAACGGUCCCAUUGUUUUUUGUUGCAUAUGUUUGUUAUGACACAGAUGGAAAAACAAGAUAUCCUGCAGGUUUCCAUUGAAAUUACGUUAUGCUGAUUUCAUUUUGGAAGUUUGAUAUUCCGAUUUUUUUUAAAGAAAUUACUGUACACAUCUUUCUAAAACUUCAUAUGCAGGCCUCCUUUCCUGUUUUUAUUGGCCCUACUGAUAGGGAAGAUUAAAAAGCAAAAAGAUCAAUCUUAUCAUAAAAAAAUCUUUUGGUUGGCACCAAUAUAGGACCUUGUGUUGGUAUUUUAGUUCAUUAAGUAUGUUUAAUAUCAUUGUAUGAAAUACUGAUUCAGAAUAAAUUUACUGAAAAGAU